AUGGCGACCAACGGCGCAAAUGGAGUCAGUGACUCACGUCCGAUCUUCUUCUUCGAUAUUGACAAUUGUCUCUAUUCCAAAGCUUGCAACAUCCACGAUGAAAUGCAGAAAUUGAUCAAUAUAUUCUUCAUGAAACAUCUUGACCUUACAACGGAAGAUGCCCACAUGCUGCACCAGAAAUACUACAAAGAGUAUGGAUUAGCCAUUGAGGGCCUUACCCGCCACCAUAAGAUCGAUCCGCUUGAAUUCAACUACGAAGUCGAUGAUGCUUUACCACUUGAUGCUAUCCUGAAACCUGAUCCCAAGUUGCGCAAACUGCUCGAAGACUUGGACACAACCAAAGUGAAGCCGUGGUUGCUCACCAAUGCUUAUGUCAACCACGGGAAACGAGUGGUAAAGUUACUCGGUGUUGAAGACCUUUUUGAAGGCAUUACCUAUUGUGACUACGGACAGCUGCCAUUAGUUUGCAAGCCCAGCCAGGAUAUGUACGCCAAGGCGGAGAAGGAAGCUGGCGCCCCUACUACAGAAGGAUGCUAUUUUGUUGACAUGAUUGUAGGCUCGGUGGUCGAGUUGGCUAAUGCACGCCAUGCGACGGUGCGGUUCAUCGGUACCACCCACUUUGCGGAAGGAGAAUGGAUAGGUCUUGAGUUGGAUGAUGCCAACGGAAAGAAUGAUGGUGCAGUACAGGGAGAACGAUACUUCAAUUGCGAGCCAGGCUACGGCAUGUUUGUUCGACCAUCAAUUAUUGGAAAGGUCCUUCAACGACAACCAAUGCGGGAGAGUAAACAAACCGGGAGACCGGCUGCCACCGCAGCUGCCACCAAAGCGCCUCAAGCUGCUGGCUUGCGGAAACAACCUGCAUUGCCUCCUACAGCUGCCAGACGACAAAGCACCAGCGCAAACUCAACUCCUACCCCAGCGCCAAGGGGUGCCGCAGCUCGCCCAUCUCUAAGAUCACCUACAAAAUCUCCAACGAAACAGCUAGGCGCUAGCCGUCCGUCAACCGGGAUAACCACUGCUCCACGAACCUCUACCGUGGGAACAACCCGACCCCGAGGAACUACCACAACCCGAGGGUCUAUCGGAUCUGCAGCAGCGCUUAAUGCCCCAAAGGCCGCGCGAACAUCUGUGUCCGGGCCAGCAGCCCGGACUUCGCGACCAAGCUCACAAACCACGACACGCGCAACAGGCCCUACGGCGCCGAAGACUACUACAGCAAGGCAGGCUGGUGCGACAAAGGCACUCGAUGGAAGGGACAGCCGUGCAGGAGGACAUUCUGGAAACACAACCGAUCUUGAGUCACCCGGGACUGAAGGCGAGGCUGCGCCAAGUGCAGGAGCGGCGCCAAAGCCCUCUCGACAGUCGAUGACUGCCACUCGUCCAACAACCACACGCCCUGGAGCCCCGGCAUCCUCGUCUCAACGCCAAGUCUCGAAUGCGGCAGUAAAUCGAGAAAUCGAAGAGCUACAGCUGAAGCUGAAUCAGAUGGAGAAGAAACGAGUGGAUGAUAGGGAGAAACUCAAAACCCUUGAGCAUAUCCAGACUGAGCGUGAUAAAUUCGAAUCAAUAAUCCAAAAAUUGCAGGCUAAAUAUCAGCCGCAGCAGAUGGAGGUCACGGAACUUCGUAAGAAGCUCAAAGACACCGAAGCUCGUUUCGAUGAAUUGGACAGACUUCAGGCUGAGCAUGAGUCACUCAUGGAAAUGGCUGCUCUUGAUCGCGAAAUGGCCGAGGAGACCGCCGAAGCCUUCAAACAUGAAUGUGAAACAAUUCGAUCCAAGAUGGAAGAGCUGACCCUGGAGGUUGAGGUUCUUCGAGAGGAGAACGAGGUGUUUAGUCAGGUCACAAGUCCGGAAGAGAGAUCCAGUCAUGGAUGGCUCCAGAUGGAGAAAACCAACGAACGUCUUCGUGAAGCUCUUAUCCGUUUGCGAGAUAUGACCCAGCAGCAGGAAUCAGACCUCAAAGCCCAGAUCAAGGAGUUGGAAGAGGAUCUGGAGGAAUACUCUGCUGUCAAAUCUGAUUAUGAGGCUGCCAAAGAGAAGCUUUUGGUUCUAGAGACCAACGUCGAGGAUCUGAAGCAGCAGCUAGAGACUGCCCUCGGUGCCGAAGAAAUGAUUGAGGAGCUCGCAGACAAGAACAUGCGUUACCAGGAAGACAUCAACGAGCUCAAAGCUGCCAUUGAGGAUCUGGAAUCUCUCAAAGAGAUCAGUGAUGAAAUGGAGUACACUCAUAUCGAAACUGAGAAACAGCUUCAGGAAGAGAUUGACUAUCGGGAAGGCGUGUUCGGUGAUCAAUGUCGAAAGAUUAAUCAACAGGACGAGGUUAUCGAAGAUCUUGAAUAUACGCUGUCUCGCUUUAGAGAGUUGGUGACGAACCUACAGACUGAUUUGGAAGACAUGCGGGCAACCCAACAAAUCUCCGAGGCAGAAGCAACCGAUCUCACCACACGGUCCCGGGCCAUGAUAGAUCUCAACAUGAAAUUACAAGCUUCUGCAUCGAAAGCUCAGACCAAGUCUAUCGAUAUGGAAUUGAGUCGAAUGGAGUCAGAGGAAGCCGCACAACACCUUGCGAUGGUCAAGCUCUACUUGCCGGAGUAUUUUGAUGGCGAAAGAAAUUCUGUCCAGGCUUUGCUCCGAUUUAAGCGUGUUGGAUUCAAGGCCACUGUUAUUACCAACACCCUUCGAGAACGAGGCUCAGAAAAUGCAGCACUCUCGACGCAAGAAGAAGUCUUCAAGGCCCACGAGGUGCUGGAACAUCUCAUGUGGAUCUCAAAUGUGUGUGAUCGUUUCGUGAACUUUAUUACAACCUGUUCUUCUGAACAAUUUGGAAAUGUCAAAGUCGCAAUGUUCGAAAUGGAGCCAGUCGAGCGUACCUUGAACUUUUGGAUCGAGAAUGCAAAGAAAAAUGAAGUGAACCUCUCAAAGCUCGCAACGGAAUUACAGCGAUCUAUUGCUCUUAUCGCGCAUUUGGCUGAAACCCUUCUUCCUUUCAGUCUUGAGAUGUUUGCCGAUGAAUUGUGUAUGCGUGCCCAUUUGUCUCAAUCAUAUCUUGACCAUGCUGGUACGGCGAUUGCGCGCCUCAAGCUCAUCAUCAAGGCCAAAAUGGUUCCCUCUGAAGAGAGUACAGAGGAAGAAUCGUUUGCUCUUAACAAGUUCGAUUCCUUUAUUUCUCAGGCGCGCGGGUGUAAGGUCGCAAUGAGCAAAAUCAGCAGGUCUCUUGACGAUCUGCAGUCUAGGUCUCUUGCCCUUCCAAAGGAAGCCGACGAGCCCUUCAAGAAUGCGGAGACCAGCAGCAAGCAGCUUUCUGAAUUUGCUCGGACACUCGGCGAGAACAUUGCAAAUCUGACCAACGAUGAAGCUCGGACAGAGGCUUUUAGCUUGGAGGAAAUCCUAGAUUGCUUGUCACAGGCUUCUGCAUCAUUUGCACCAUUUUCCGAAACCCUGGAAGAGAGCAACGACCCUGUUUCAUUGCUUCUCAAUAAGCUUCGUGACCUAAGCGGUCAAUUUGAGGAGUUGGACCAUAUCUCAUCGGACUUGUCUCGAACCACUGAAUUCGAGAGAGGUGCCAACCCUUGGAUCGCUCGUGCUCAAGAGCUAAAGUCCAAUAAGACAAUCUCCCCAGAUGCCGAUGAAGAGAUUCGUCGAUUGAAGAAUGAAAUCCAUGAGGCAUCCGCUGCACUUGGUGUGAAAGACACCACACUUGAAGAGCAAGGUCUUAAGAUAGAACACCUUGAGUCAAGGAUGCGCGAAGCAAGCAAGAAGGCAGCCGUGGUCAAGGACCUGGAGAGUCAAAUCGAGCGAAUUCAGGAAGCAGAAAGUGAAUUACAGGAAACAGUCGAAAGACAGAAGAAAGAGCUCCAGGCCGCCGAAGCAGAGCGAGACGAAUACAUGACCCGUCUCGAGCGCAUGAAGCGCAUGUCUGGCACGGCUGGUGUAAAAACCACAGGCGAAGGCAUUGUGAUCGACAACGAGGCCUCCUUGGCAGCAAUGCAAGAAAACGAAUCCCUCCGUGCGGAAGUAAACAGCCUUCAAGCCGCUGUGCGUUUCCUGCGCGAGGAAAACCGCCGUUCCAACAUCCUCGACCCAUACUCCAUCCAGCGCUCAACAGAAAUGCACGCCUGGCUCGACAUGCCCCUCACACCCGCCAGCCCAACCCCAGAACAAGAAAAGAUCCAACGCACCGCCCUUGAAAGCAGAGAUGUCAUGUCUCACCUCCUAAAGCUGACGAAGGAGUCGCACGUCCCUGAUCUCAAAUCUACAAUGACUCGCCCAACAGGCAGCGACGACAGCACCGUCAACCGCACCGCAUGGCGUCCAUCCAAAACCCGUCUGCGCUACCAGGUUCUCCAGCAACGCGAGAAUUUCGAGCACUGGGCUGAAUGGCGUGACGAGAUCGUCAACCACGAGCGUGAGCAAGAUCGCUUGGCUGCUGCAAAACAGGAACGCGCACUGCGCGAUCGUGUUUCGAAACAUGCUCAUAAGGGCUCUGUUGAGUUCCCUCAGGGCUUGGGUCAUGGCAUGAUGGGUCGGGCGUGGCAGAUUCUGGGGAUGCAAAAGCACCGCAAGAAUGCAUCUAUAAGUGCUCCUGCGCCGGACGGCGUCGAGAUUGUAUCUACAGAUUGA